GAACUCUGAACCAAUCAAAUACUAGUUUGAGCCAUGAGUUUGAGUUUGAGGAAGUUGGUGACGAAAGCAAACCCUAAUUGUAAUGAAAGUGAGGAUGAGGAUGGUAAGGCGAAGAGAGAGACGAGGGUGGCUCUGGGCAACGGAAGCGAGGUGCUGUUGAUUCCAAGGUUCAUAAGCUUCGAUCGGGCUUGGAAUUGGUUCGAUUACCUCAACACACAUGUUCCCUGGACCAGACCCACUAUUCGUGUCUUCGGCCGAUCCUGCCUCCAGCCUAGAGAUACAUGUUAUGUUGCAAGUCCGGGACUACCACAAUUGGUUUACAGUGGAUACCAACCUCAUGCUUAUUCAUGGGAUGAUCUCCCUCCUCUUAAGCAACUCUUGGAAGCGGUCCAUAAAGCACUUCCUGGCAGCAGUUUCAAUAGCUUGCUCUUAAAUAGGUAUAAAGGUGGUAAUGACUAUGUUGCUUGGCAUUCUGAUGAUGAAAAGGUUUAUGGUUCAACUCCUGAAAUUGCGUCCCUAUCCUUUGGAUGCGAAAGGGAAUUCUACUUGAAGAAGAAACCCGGUAAAACAUCUCAAGAAAGAAAAAGUGAUCAAGAAACUACAAGUAAGCGAUUAAAGAGGAAUCAUGAUGAUCAGCACUCUUUCAUGCUUAAGCAUGGAUCGCUCUUGGUGAUGAGAGGUUAUACUCAAAGGGAUUGGAUGCACUCUGUGCCUAAGCGGACAAAAUUAGAGGCCACUCGUGUCAACCUCACCUUCAGGCAUGUGCUCUGAUAUAACGGUUCUAGGUAGGAUCAGAAGAGAAUGGUUGUUCAUCUUGCUCUCUUCUUUCGUGUUCUUCUCUGUGGAUGAGUUUUUGAAGGUAACCUACUCCCCAUUGACAAGAGGAAUGUAUAGGUUUCUCCAUUGCUUGAGGACAUUCUGGAUGGCAAUACAUGUAAUACUUAUUCCUGUAAAACAGGUUUUGGUGGAGAAACCUAGUUUGUUUUCUCUGUUUAUUUCGUUAAAGAGUAGAGACCUCACUGUUGUGCUAAGCUAGUUCAUUGUUGUAUUGAGCC